CAUAAAUCCGCGCCCCGACGGCUGCCCCGGGUCACCGGUCCCGGUUACUCGCCUACGAUCGCGGGGCGCCCGGUUGGGGACGGCACACUCCGGUAUCCGCCGUCAGCCGCGAUGGGCGGGCAAGGGACGAGCGCCGCGGGCACAGAGCGCGGGGAGAGGCGCAGGGCGCGGGGCUGCUGUGGCCCAGCACCUGGGGACGGUGGUGUCCGUCUGUGGCCCGACCCGAGACGCGCCGAGCUCGGGCCGGAGAGGCGCGGGUCAGCCGGGCUCCCGUGUUCCCCGGGCUCCGCCACCGCCCGGACCCUCCGCCGUGUCCCGGGCUCCGACCCACCCCGUCGGGGCCGCCACGGCCGCCAGGGGGAGCGGAGCGCGGCCGCGCUGCACCAUGGGAGCUGUAGUUCGGCGCGGCGGGACUCGCGCUCCCGGCGUGCCCCGUGGCGGGGCGGCGCAUGCGCGGCUGCGCGCGGCGCGCGUGGCCCGGGGAUGUCGCUGCUGAGGCUGCGGGCGGUGCUGAGGGGCCCGGGCGGGCUGAGGGGGCCCGGGAUUCCGUGGAGAAUCUUCAGGAGCUACUCCUCUGCCAGCACCAAGGAGAAGGCAAACAGAAAUGGCCCCUGUGAGAGGACAGAGCUGCUGGAAGGUGAGUGCUGGGAGAGAUGCACGGGGCUCCAAGGAGAGAUGGAACUCUUGUGUGACCGAUUGUUUUCCAUCCUGGAGGCUUCUGGCCUCCAGCCCAACCUGGACUCCUACGCCGUGGCUCUGCAGUGCAUGGGCCGGAACCAGUCACCUCCCAAAGCCAUCUUGAGAUACCUGCAGAAGCUGAACAGCAGUGGCUUCCAUGUGGAUGAGCUCUUCCAAAAGUGCCUGUUUGAGGAAGAUGAGAAGGAGAUGGUGCUGUGGGCCAUCAGGACUGUCCAGCCCAACUACCAGCUGCCUCCUCCACCCAGCCCCAAGAUCUGCAAGUCUUCUCUGCUCCAGGACUUCUAUUCCAGAGAGAUGAUGGGGUCAUACCCCAAGGUGGAUUUCUCUGAGAAGGAGCUGCAGGAGCGCUUCCAGCAGCAGCUGGAGAUGGAGCUGAAGAACACCGUGACCAUCGAGUCAGUGGAGGCAGCCAAGCCCCUGACCCCACAGGCCAUCAAAGCGCGGGAGCUGCUGGGCACCCUCCGCUCCCAGUGGCACGAUGCCAUCCUCCAGGCCCUGCAGAAUUCCAAGCGCAGCAUGGCCAGGCCCAAAAGGCUGUCCAAGUACAGCAUCCUCUACCCCUACCUGUGUCUGCUGCCAGAUGAGGAGUAUGUGGACAUCAUGCUGCAGAUCCUCAAUGAUCUGUCUCCACAAGGUGAGUCCCUGGCAGUCCUGGCCAGGGAGCUGGGUACCAAGGUCUAUGACAGGUACAUCAUCCAGAGGAAGCUGCGCAGCGGCCAGCUGGAGAAGGUGCAGAAGAUCUAUGAGAACUACAUCCAGCUGCUGGCAAAGGACAGCCAGCCUAAACACUACUUGCCACGGGAAUACUGGGAGAAGCUGGUGGCAGAAGCAGGCUUUGGGCCUUCCCUGAACUUGACGACCUGCAGCUGGCCGUGUGUGCUCCUCAUGCGCCUGGGCAUGCACAUGCUGGAGCUCCUGGUGAAGGCUGUGAAGGUGCCCAGGAACAUCCUCAGUCGUCGCCUGGAGUCCAAGCCUAUCCCUGUCCUCUACCACGUCUACUCCUUCUACAGUAACUGGCAGGUUGGGCUGAUAAGGCCCCAUCCCAUCUUCUCCCAGCUUGUGUCAAACGCUGCAGAGACCAUGCUGACCUUCAACUCCUCUGCCAUGCCCAUGCUGUGCCCCCCGGUGCCCUGGACCUCCCCCAGUUUCGGUGCCUUUGUCCUCAACGACACCAAACUGAUGCGUUUCAUGGAUGAGACCACCUACCACCAGCUGCUCCUGGAGCAGUGUCCCCUGGUGAACCUCCACCCCGUGCUGGAUGCCCUGAACCAGCUGGGCAACUGUGCCUGGAAGAUCAACCAGCCCGUGCUGGAUAUUAUCAUCUCCAUCUUCAAUGACAAAGGGGACGAGAAGCUGGACAUCCCACCACCCCUCUCUGAGGCUCCCAAGCCUCCCACUCCUCCUGGCAAUUCCUCCACCUGGAGCAAGACCUUCAAGCACGAGGUGUUCCUGUGCAAGAAGAAGGCUGCGGAGAUGCACAGCCUGCGCAUGGACGCGCUCUACAAGCUCUCCAUCGCCAACUACGUCAGGGACAAGGUGUUCUGGUUCCCUCACAACAUGGACUUCCGUGGCAGGACUUACCCAUGCCCACCCUAUUUCAACCACCUGGGGAAUGAUGUCACCAGGGCCAUCCUGCUGUUUGCAGAGGGGAGGCCUCUGGGGCCCAAGGGACUUGACUGGCUGAAGAUCCACCUCAUCAACCUGACGGGGCUGAAGAAGAAGAACGCCUUGCAGGAGCGGCUGGAGUAUGCCAAUGAAAUCAUGGAGGACAUCCUGGACUCGGCUGACCACCCACUGACAGGCAGGAAGUGGUGGAUGGACACUGAUGAGCCCUGGCAAGCCUUGGCAUGCUGUAUGGAAAUCGCCAAAGCCUCAAGGUCCCCAGAUCCAGCAGCUUACAUCUCUCACUUCCCAGUUCACCAGGAUGGCUCCUGCAAUGGGCUGCAGCACUAUGCAGCGCUCGGCCGGGAUCUCAGCGGCGCUGCCUCCGUCAACCUGGUGCCCUGUGGGCUCCCUCAGGAUGUCUACAGUGCAGUGGCUCAGCAGGUGGAGGAGUUCCGGAAGAAGGAUGCUGAGCGGGGGUUGAAGAUUGCCCAGGUGCUGCAGGGCUUCAUCAGCCGCAAGGUGGUGAAGCAGACGGUGAUGACGGUGGUGUACGGGGUCACGCGCUACGGCGGCCGCCUGCAGAUAGAGAAACGCCUCAAGGAGAUCGAUGAGUUCCCCGAGGAGUACUUGUGGGAAGCAUCUCAUUAUCUGGUGAAGCAGGUGUUCAACAGCAUCAAGGAGAUGUUCUCAGCGACUCGAGAUAUCCAGAACUGGCUGACAGAGAGCGCCAAGCUCAUCGCCCAGUCUGGCCGGACGGUGGAGUGGGUCACACCGCUGGGGCUGCCCAUCAUCCAGCCCUACUAUCGCUCCAGGUCCACUGUGCUGAAUUGUGGCAUGCAGCGCUUGAGUGUGAAAACCUCCAACAGCACCCAGAAACCUGACACUGUGAAGCAGAAGAAUGCCUUUCCCCCCAAUUUCAUCCACUCUCUGGACUCCACACACAUGAUGCUCACAGCACUGCACUGCCUCAGGAAGGGCCUGACCUUCGUCUCAGUGCACGAUUGCUACUGGACUCACGCGCUCACCGUGGAUGUCAUGAACCAGGUGUGUCGGCAGCAGUUCGUGGCUCUGCACAGUGAGAAGAUUCUGCAGGAUCUGUCUGAGUUCAUGCUGGAGAAGUAUUGCAGUUCAUCCAGCUCCAGCACAGAGCCCAUAGCCCACUGGCAGAAGAGGCUGAUGGAGCAGCUGUCGAAUGUUCCCAAGACAGGUGAAUUCAACCUGAAGCAAGUGAUGGAUUCCACAUAUUUCUUCAGCUGAGCCUGGCAGCCCACCGGGCCCUGGGAUACCUCUGAACUUCCAGCCAUGGUGGGCACAGGCCUGCAAUGCUCUUCUGCUCUACAUCUCAUGGGGAAGAAGGUGCAGCAUCCAGCCUAGCGAGAGCCCUGCCUCACUCUGAGGUGCUGGGGCAAACUGAGACUCUGCUGGAGCAGCUGGUGGGGGACAGGGGCUCUGCACUGUUUGCUGUCACUACUGUCCCAGCAUGGGGAGAGGCCACCAAGCCCUGCAGAAGGCUGCAGCUCUGGGCUGGGGGCAAAGGGGUGGCAGGAGCCAGGGUGGCUCCCCUCAGCCCUCACCCCAGUGCUGUGAGCACUGUCCUUUGCCUGGCUGUUGCCUGUCCUCAGGUGCUGUCCUUCUCCUUCCCUGUCUUGCCAGCAGGGCUCAGACUUGGAGGGGCAGGCAACUGACCUGGCCACAGGAGGAGCCCCAGCCCUGCUCUUGGCCACAGGGCAGGUGCUGCUCUGUGCUCUGCUCCAGCUCUGGGCACUGUCCUCACUCUCCAUAGCACAGCCUCUGCUCUUCACUCUCUUUUCCAGGGAUGAGUUUUGCUGUUGCUCACUGGGGCUCAGGGAGGAAAAACCACUAACUUGGGGGUCAACAUGUAUAAUAUUGUAAAUAAAAUGUUUUUUGACAUACAA